UGUUCCUUCGAGACUUGCUGAAUAAGCAGUUGCUGCAUUUUUUGGCAGCGAGUGAAACAAUCUCUUCCUACUUCCCAAAAUGCAGUAACAGCCACAAAAUAGGGAAAGUCAGGGAAAGUUAACUUUAGUUGUGGAUCCUGGUUUCCACGUGUCCAUUUCCACAUGUCCACAUGUCACAGAAUUUCCAAACGUGAUUCUGCUGGUUGAGGUGGAAUUGCCUCUGGGAUUUUGUUACCACUUAUGAAGGUUUGUGCUUCCUGUUUUGCAGGAAAAUGAUGGUAAUGUCAAAUGGGUAAUAGGAGAGAAUAUGGGGAGCACAUAAGUGUGACUUGCUGAAUAUGGGCACUAUAAUUCUAGUAUCAAAGUUACACGCUUUGAUUUGUGACAUCUUGGAUUUCAUAGACUCAUCAAAGUUGGAGAAGACAUCUGGGAUCAUUUAGUUCCAGCCCAGCCCCACCGUGCCCAUGGCUGCAUCCCUCAGUGCCACAUCUCCAUGGUUCUCAGACACCUCCAGGGCACUGAGUGCCCACCUCCAUUUCUGUCACUUCCAUCUCAGCUGCUGGAAUACUGAGCAUUUUACGUGGCUUUGGUUUUCACGCUUCCUGGUCUUGAAUUUGUUCUCAGGAUGUGUGGUUCAAAAUUGCAGCGGAUAUUUGAUAGCUGUUGCUGAUAAAGGGGAUUUUAAAUGAGUUUGAGAAAAUGAAAUAAAUAGCAUUCUUGCCUGAGCAGCACUGUGCUUUGGAAGAAAAGCCCAGUAAAUAAAUCCUGGAUUAGUUGAGGCUGAUAGACGGGAUUCUCUGGUACAUUUUUGUUCUUCAGUCCUCAAGCCUUUACCUUGGUUUCACUUAGAAGAAUUAGUUCUGUGUGGUCUCAGAGGCAGUUCCUAAAACCAGAAGACCUUUCAUUGUAUCUGAAAGAGGUUACUCAUAAAUGCCCAUCUUGAAUUGUUAACUGCAAACUAAAUGUGUAACACUGCCUGGAUCAAGCUCUCGAAUGAAUGAUGUGUUCAGUAUGCAGGUAGAGGCCAGAUGUGUAGAUGCAGUUAUUGUUACAUAUUAGACAACUUGGCCAUAAAAACUCAAGGUGAUGGAAGUGCCUUUAUUUUUUUCCUUAUUUCUUCAUUGCUUACUCAUGGUAAUUUGGAAUGCAUCAUUGAUUUUAAUAUCUGAAGAGACUGUAGGGCAUGAUGCUCUGCUCUGGCCUUUCUGUUUCUGCAGCACUGAAGUUGGAAGAUCACUCAGCUCUCGCAUGAAGAAUGUUUGAAAGUUAGUAGAGGGGUGAGAGAAGUCGUGGAACCUGAAUAGCAAACGGUUCAGGAUGUGAGGAAUACAUAAUCCGUGUUCAGAGAGGAGUUUCAGCGGAAAACAGUUGGCAGAUUGUGAGGCGAUACAGUGACUUCGACUUGCUUAAUAAUAGCUUGCAGAUCUCAUCUCUAAGUCUACCUCUUCCUCCAAAAAAACUGAUUGGAAACAUGGAGCGUGAAUUCAUAGCAGAAAGACAGAAAGGACUGCAGGCCUAUCUCGAUGUGAUUACUUCCCAUCACAUACUGUCUAACUGUGAACUGGUAAAAAAGUUCUUGGAUCCAAACAGCUACUCUGUGAACUACACUGAAAUUGCCUUACAGCAUGUUUCAAUGUUCUUCCGAUCAGAGCCAAAGUGGGAGGUAGUAGAACCAUUAAAAGAUAUAGGUUGGCGAAUACGUAAGAAAUAUUUUUUAAUGAAGGUAAAGAAUCAACCAAAGGAACGGCUGAUGUUAAGCUGGGCUGAUCUUGGCCCUGAUAAAUACUUGUCUGACAAAGACUUACAGUAUGCUGUGAAACUUCUUUCUUCCUGUUCUCAUCCCUAUAUUUACAGAGUCACUUUUGCCACCGCCAGUGAAUCUUCAGCACUGGUUAUUAGACCAUUCAAUGAAAAAGGGACGCUGAAGGACCUUAUUUAUAAGGCCAGACCGAAAGAUCCCUUCCUGAAGAAGUAUUGCAAUCCUAAGAAAAUUCAAGGUCUCGAACUUCAACAGAUAAAGACAUAUGGAAGACAGAUACUAGAGGUAUUGAAAUUCUUGCAUGAGAAGGGAUUUCCGUAUGGCCAUCUUCACUCUGGCAAUGUAGUGCUGGAUGGGGACACGUGCAAGUUGCUGGAUCUGGAAAAUUCCUUGUUGGGACUUCCAUCCUUUUAUCGAUCGUACUUUUCGCAGUUUCGAAAAAUUAAUACUUUAGAAGGCGUUGAUGUACAUUGCUUUGGGCACUUACUGUAUGAAAUGACAUACGGAAGACCCCCAGAUACAAUUCCAGUAGACAGCUUCCCUCCUGCACCAUCAAUGUCUGUUGUGUCUGUGUUGGAAUCCAUUCUGACUUGUGAAGCUAUGAAGAAUGGCAUGCCAACUGUUUCACGGCUCUUACAGAUGCCAUUAUUCAGUGACGUCCUGCUAACAAACUCUGAGAAACCACAGUUUAAGAUUCCUACGAAGCUAAAAGAAGCACUGAAAACGUCCAAGGAAUGCAUAGAAAAAAGAUUAACAGAAGAACAGAAAUUGAUUCACCAGCACAGAAGACUGACAAGAGCUCAGUCUCAUCACGGCUCUGAAGAAGAAAAAAAGAAAAGGAAGAUCUUAGCAAGAAAGAAGUCAAAACGCUCUGCCUAUGAAAGUGCGGAAGAACACUCAGCAAAAUACAGCAACUCAAAUAACUCAGAAGGAGGAAUGAGGUGCCAUCCAUGCAGUGGCACAACUCUUAAGGAAAACAGAAUUUGGACGCUGAAAUCCAACAGCCUAAGCAACAGAAAAGAAGUGUUUCCCAUUGAGGAGUACUGUUGACUGUGCUGCUUAUGUGUUUGGACCUCCUCUGAUAAUAUGUACUGCAAAGCUUUUCUGUUUGGAUCGGGUGUGAGUGACACUGUUUGUAUGAAUGGGAAUCUUUCCCAAGUUUUCGUUGGGAGCAGAAU